GUAGCAGAGCGUCACAGCUCAAUGUGAAUCAGUUGUUUGACAAGUGAAAGGCAUGGAUUGACAACCACUACGGCUUACUUUAAGGUCUUUUUUUGACAGUCAUAAACCCUGGGAAAAAAGCUGUCCAUCAUGUUAGGUAUUUCUGCUCUCUGCUCAAGACUCUUGUUUGUCUUGGUGCUGGUCUGUGCAGCUGUCGUGCCGUUCAUCAUGUGUUCAGUUGCUGGAAGAGCCCAAGUGGACAAUGGAGUGAGGCACACUGUCGUGAGACGACUGUAUCCUCCAAACAGUCAACACCAUCCCCUCUUUACUGGUUUGCUAGCACUCCAAACUGGAACUAAUGGUGAAAUCGAGACGAGUGGGAAUUACAGAGACGCCUCGUCAAUCAUUUACCAUCAAUCAAAUCCUCCACGGUUUACAGAAAGUAGCUUCAGUUACAAUAGCAACAGUCCAGAUAACAGACUGUCCAGAGCAGGAACGAGUGUGAAGAGUGAAAUGCGCCCAACAAGCAGUUACCAACCUCUCUCUUAUAAUUCACACCCAGUCAUCAUUAGAAAAUCAUCUUACAAACAGGCUGCCAGUCCCUUUCAUCAGAGCUCCAGUCCUUCACAAGCUUGGGAUGCCGGAGAAGCUCAGAAAUCUUACGUCAAAAAAAAAGUUCCCAGCAAUGACUCUCCUUCUUUUUUUCAGCCCCAGACGGGUAGAUUUCGGAGUACUUCCCUGCCAACUUCAAGAGGGCUUUAUGGCAGCUAUAAAGAGACAAAUGAGCUCACUUCGGCUGGGGCGCGGAGUACAUCCAGCGGGAUUCAAUCAAGCAAAUUUUUGGGCUUGGCGAGUCAAAUUGCCCCUCAUGCACCAUCAAUCAGCAGCAGCUCAGACGCCUUUGUUAUUAAAAGCAUGACGCCAUCCAUCACAGAUUUCUCCCAGGGGUUGCACUCGGUGUCUAGCGGCGAGACACCAAGACACAAAAAGAUCAAGUCGUAUCUGUUCAAGGACUCCCAAACUGCUCUUGGUGGGCAUGAGACAGUUCAAACAGUCUCUGGUGAUGGACCCAGAGCUUUUCCCACAACACCACAUAGGCAAAGGGCUUCUGAAGUUCUAAGCAGGUUUUCUUCAAAUGUUAAACGAUUCCAACAAUCACAAAGAAAAGACCCAACCAACGAAAUACAAUAUCUCUCUGAUAAUGCCAAUCUACUGUAUCAUGAUGCUAACGUGGCCCAUUAUGGUGCUCAGACAGAUGGUUUCUCUAAAUAUCAACACACAGCUCAAGUCUCUGCUCCAAGGGAAGACGCCAUCAUUGGAAGUUUUGUCCCGUUACCUCAGGCAGAUUUCCAGGGUAACUAUGCUGCUGUCAGCAGUAAAUCUACAGUAGGUAGCUUCAGUAAUACAACCACAAGAAGAUCAAUGCAUGCGUCCACACCUGGACAAGCCUUAAAAACCAUCUACGGCUACAGAGGAUUUGAAAAUCCUAAAUGGAGAGCUGCAAAAGAUCUGCCCAGUCUCUCCUCCAGUGUCUCCAAUGAAAGGUCCAACUCUAGACGAUACGGCUUCGACAAAGCAAAGGGCUUUAAAAUGACAAAUAUGAACCCUCCUUUGUCACCAAAGUAUAGCUUUGGCCAGAGAGAAACAUCUGCUACACUGGCAAAACAUGAGAGGACGACACGUACAGAUUACUCUCCACCUUCUCUUCGCACACAUCGGGAUUUCACAUCAGGAUUUAAGGAAGCCCUGCCUUGGCUACCUGGGAGUGAUGCCGGUGUAGACAGCAACCCAGACCGCAGACGGUUCAGAGUCUCCAAAACAAUAUAUGGUCUCAAAGGAUUUGGCACUCGACCACUCGAGGGAGCCAAAGCUUUAGUCAGUGAGCCAGACGAAUCCGCCAGAGUCCAGCAGGGUUUUGAAGGUUUUAAACUUAGAAGCUCAGAGAUCUGGCAACCAAAAAGCAGCCAUGAUAACAUAAUGAGCCAAAAUGAGCCGAGCAGUGAGGACUAUAAACCACUUUUAAAGACAGCAGGAAGCAGCGAUUCAGUCUCCAGAUUUACUCCUGACAAAUACAACAAGAGACGCAAGAUCUAUUCGUUCUUGGGGUUUCCGUCUGUUCAAAACAGACUAGGAAACGCUAAUAACAAAGAGCACGAUCAAAAUCAAGAAAGUUACGGAAUCUCCUCAGCUUAUCUCAGAUCAGCAGAGAAAUUCAAAAUUGAGUCCAGGCCGAAAUCUGAGCCAAUAUCACCGGACAAACCCAAACUUUUUGCCAAGAAGGCGAGCCUGUUUAACAGUUCCACCAGAAGCACCGUGAGAGGCAAACGUGUGAGAUCAAAAACAAAGAAGAUCAAUGUAUAUGCUCCCAUCAAUGAAACUGGAAAUGCAGCCAUAGUCAGGCUGCCUCAGCGGCCUGCCAGGGUCAGAACUGUCACCUACGCUGAUAUUCUUGGAGCUGCCUCGUUCAGUGGUGUCACAGCUACAACCCAGACACCGAUCACAACCGCCGAUAAGGAUGACUUUCCAAACACCACUGCUACACCCGAGCAAAAAGGAGGAGCGGGUAAUUUGACCGUAAACUCUGAGGACGGUGUGCAAAGUGGAGGCAACACGAGCAGAGGUCAUGAAGCUGUUGAGGAAAACAAGCUGCCCGUUAGAAGUGAAGGAGUUGGCGAUGACAUGAAAACAUCUGAUUUGUUUUUGGAUAAUGAAGGAAGUGGAAGCGGGGGUUUUGAUGUGGCUGAUGUUUUGUCAGCCACAACCAUAAAGAGUCAGGGCUUUAGUGAGGAUUUGUCAGAGCUUGAGUAUCUGCGAAUAUCAACUGGGAACAUCUCCUUCAAGUCAAUGAAUCUGUCCCACACUGGGACAUGAGGGAAACUUGUUAAAAAAAAUGUAAUGUGGUUUGAACAAUCCCAAUAAAA